AUGAACAACAGGAAGGAGGACAUGGAGAUCUCCUCUCACUACCGUCAGCUCCUCAGAGAGCUCAAUGAGCAGAGGCAGCAUGGCAUCCUCUGCGACGCCUGUGUCAUCGUAGACGGAAAGAUCUUCAAGGCCCAUAAGAAUGUCCUCCUGGGCUCCUCACGCUACUUCAAGACUCUUUACUGCCAGGUUAAAAAAGGGGCAGAGACUCACCACCAGACUACUGUCACUCACCUGGACAUUGUCACGGCGACAGGCUUCAAAGCCAUACUGGACUUCAUGUACUCGGCGCACCUCGCCCUCACCAGUAAGAACGUGAUCGAGGUCAUGUCAGCCGCCAGCUACCUGCAGAUGACGGACAUUGUCCAGGCCUGCCACAGCUUCAUCAAGGCUGCGCUGGACAUCAGCAUCCGCUCUGAGAUGGCUGACGAACUGGCCGACUUUGAGAUGGGAGCUGUUGCUGCCGCUGGUAUAGGCGGAGGUGGAGGAGGUGGAGGAGGAGUAGGUAUAGCAGGAGCAGGGGGUAGUGCGGGAGCAGGUUUAGGAGGAGGUGGAGGAGGAGGGAUCGUGGGCAUGGCUUCUGAAGCCCUGGCCUCCAUCAUGUCUGGUCGCAGCCCCUCCCCUUGGCUGGCGCGCCGCACCAGUCCGGCCAACUCUUCUGGGGACUCAGCCAUCGCCAGCUGCCACGAGGGAGGCAGCACGUAUGGCAAGGAGGACCAAGAACCCCCUAAGAGCCAUGAGAGCCAGGAGGAAGCCUGCCAUGACUCCCAGCCUGCCUGGCCACACGACUACAGGCCUGUCACCGUCAAAGAGGAACAGGUGUCCCCCGCAUCCUCCUCACAUCCCCGGGACACUCCCAGAGGGGCAGCCCAGAGUCAGGGGGAGACAGGGGCUGGAGGGGCUGCUGGAGGAGGUGGAGAGGGGUCAUGGCAACCCCUAUCAGGGUCAGGGCGGAGGAAGAACAGGAAGAACAAGGACACUGUCAGGCAUAUUACCCAGCAGGCUGAGAGGAACUGGGACAGAGAGCGGGACAGGGACAGAGACAGGGACAGUAGGCCUGGAUCUCCUCUGCCCUCCAUGCUGGCUGUGGCCGGAUGGAACUACAACGGACAGGAAAUCCCAGGGGCAGACGUGACCGAACCCAACAGCUCAGACAGCCGCGGCGAACGCCUCGACUUCUUCCUUAAACAGGAAGAGCCUCUCACCACAGAGCCCAGCUACCUUGGUCCCAACGAAUCGGAGGAGGUCGGGGGAGGAGGCGUGGUCGGAACAAUCUCGUCUGUAGCCAAUCUGAAGGCGGCGCUGAUGAGUAAGAACAGCCUGCUGUCUCUGCGGGCUGAAAUGAUGGGAGAUGAUAACCCCUUGCUGUUCGAGUACCUGCCCAAAGGAGCACACUCCCUGUCUUUGAAUGACUUCACAGUGAUCCGUAAAAAGUUCAAGUGCCCCUACUGCAGUUUCUCUGCUAUGCACCAGUGCAUCCUAAAGAGGCACAUGCGCUCCCACACCGGCGAGAGGCCCUACCCCUGUGAAAUCUGUGGCAAGAAGUUCACCAGACGGGAGCACAUGAAGAGGCACACGCUGGUCCACAGCAAAGACAAGAAGUAUGUGUGUAAAGUGUGCAGCCGAGUCUUCAUGUCAGCAGCCAGCGUGGGGAUCAAACACGGCUCACGGCGUCACGGCGUCUGCGCCGACUGCUCUGGCCGGGGCAUGGCCGCUCUGCUGGACCACAACGGGGAGGUGGGAGGAGACAUCUCUCCGGAGGAGGAGCUGUAUCCCGGCGAUCGUUUUCACGAUGACCAGGCGGAGUGCGACGGUGAUGGAGACGGGGAGGAGGAGAUGAUGGUCGAAGGGGACGGAGAGAUGAUGGGAGAAGGGGAGGAGGAAGGAGGGAAGUGGAAGGACUCGGGGAUGACCGCUGAGGCACAUGGAGCACUGGACAAUGAGAAGGAGGAGAGCGACUCCUCGGCACAGGAGGGGGAGCAGCAGAACGGGAGUGAGAGGGACUUCGCCUGGAUCUCCUAGAAUCUGUCAGGCUCCUGUCAGCGGCUCGUCGUACUAAUCUCUGAAGAUCUCUUGCGAUCUCUCGGGUAGAAUCCUCUGCUCUCUUUACCCAUUCGUCCCACCGUGGGCAGGCCUUCCUUUGAAUGGAAAUGCUGUAGGGUGAUGCGCGACAAUGAUCUAAAACCAACACACUCAAAUGCACACACAUACACUCAAACACACACACACAUACACACACACACACUUAGGCUAUUCUCAACCUUGACUGCCAUAGUAGAAGAAGAGGGGUCAAGAGAUGGCUCAAGUGCGAGGCUUUUUCUGCUUACCUCCUUUACUUCUGAUGCAGUGCUUUUGUGUUUCUUUUUCUUGAGGGUUCAGGCCAGAGUCCAGUAGUUUUCUACUCUGUCACAACAGAAAUCAACGAGGACGCUGCCAAGGACAUGGCCAAUGCAACUUUGUAUGUUUGCCAUCACAAUCACCAUGGAAACCAAGGAUCACUGACAGUGUAGGGAAAAAGCCAGGAGGGUGGGGGGGGUGUCUUGGUUCCACCUCUGCUGUAAUGUUUGUGGGGAAAGUGUCUCUCUACGAGUGAAGGGAGAGUCUAAAUCUAUUGCAAAGCUACGUGUGUCAGAGGACCGGGCAGCCCGAUGGCACAUUGUUGAUGCAGAGUCCUACUGCCGCAGACUUGCACUUUAAUGACAGCUGACUCCUAUCAAAGCCCUGAACCCGUGGUUUACAUUUUUGAUCUGAUCUUUACUUACCUAAACAACUCGGUGACCGCACCUACCUUUAAGGAUAUACUUUAUGUCCUCUUGACUGUUAUCACGAUAUAGAAAUCACUGAAUCUUUGUGCAGAUUGCUGUUUAUAUAGCCUACGCCCUUUCAGUGGGGUCCUUAAUCUUUUCUUUACUUAAGUUCACCACACGGUUUCUACCAAUCCAUUCCAACGAAUACUGGAGAUUUGACUAAUGUACAUACGAUUUUUGGAAUUUAAAAGGGGAGCGUGUGUGAGACAGCAAGAGACAGAGAGAGUGUAUGUAUACACAACGUGGACAGUUUGGAAAAUCAACAGUGGAUCCACAGGACCUACACUAUUAACUCUUUCUGUCUCUCUCGCUGUCUCUGAUUCAGUUUCUCUCAGUGGAGGAUGUGUUAGGACCUGAGAGCUGUGUCUCUCACACCGACGGAGGAGCUGCCUUUGUUUCAAAAAAGCCUUUUUUCUUUUCUUUUCUUUUUUUUGUCAUGUAAUUCCAGUUUCUCAAUUCAGAAUAUGCAGCCUCUUUCCAUAGUUUAUCUUUCUUUUGGUGGUAUAUUUUCUCCGGCUUUGUAAGGUUAAAAGAAGAGGAUCAAAAUCGUGCUUGACAUUUCCGAGUUUGAUAUUCGUAGAGAGUGUAAUAUUAAUUUGUUCGGUUUAACAGCUAUUUAUUGAAAAACAUGUUUGUGGAUUUCCAAAAUAUUUGAGAAGUCAUUCUCUCUCUCUCUCUCUCUCUCUCUCUCUCUCUCUCUCUCUCUCUCUCUCUCUCUCUCUCUCUCUCUCUCUCUCUCUCUCUCUCUCUCUCUCUCUCUCUCUCUCUCUCUCUCUCUCUCUCUCUCUCUCUCUCUCUCUCUCUCUCUCUCUGCGUGUUUGUAUGCAAGAAUGUUUGAGUGUCCAAAAAAAAAGUCUAUAUUGAUUUCUUAAGAUUAUUUCCAUGUUUUCGGCGAUGUUAUUGACAAUUCAAGUGAGGCAGAUGACAUGUCUUAUUAUUAUGAUUAUCAGAACAAUGAUUACUGUUGUUGAUGUUACUAUUAUUAAGUGCUGGAUGCUAAGCUUUAUUGUGUGUUCUUUUUUUUGGGAUAUUUUAUAUCUUGUAUAAGAAAAAAGCUUUUAUACUUUGCCUUGUUGUGGACAGCAAGCCAUAAGGCUUUUAUCAACCUUUUAUUGUGCCAGUUUACGCUUUUUCUGUCGUAUUUGCUUUUUUUACCAAGGGGAAAAACAACUUCACUGUCAAACUUCUUUGUUAAAUAUUGAUUGAAACAUAUAUUCAGCACACGCUUUUGCAUCACUAAUGUACACUAAUUGAUUAAUAUCAAACCAAAAACAAUCUAGUACCUUGUAUACAUGAAGUGCUUUCGUUUCACAGUCUGUGUGUGCAGGUGCUUUUUUGGAUUUUAUUGUCGUGGUUAACAGUUUUGUUGUUGGGUUGUUUUUAUUUUUUGAACCUGUCACUAUUUGUCACAGUUUGAAAAAGUGCACAUGUUAUGGUAAUAUUGUGAAUAUGAAGAAGGGCUGUGUGAAAGGACCGGCUAGCUUUUGAAGAUCGCAUCUUAAAAACCAAGCUCAUUAGAUUUUUUUUAUUCUAGUUUCUACUGUCUCACGCCUCGCAUGACACACAAUCACGUAGAAACGCAGCACGCAGACAAAACGCUCCUCUCAGACAGUGUUGAGUCUACAUGCUGUGUUUAUAUCUGCCAGUGUUUUACUGGCUUGAAUCUUUACAAUAAAGGGAAAGUGAGCACUGCAGUAGUAACUCUGGGAAACAUUUUGUCGCCUGUCUGCUACAGGUGCCAUGGACUGCACUUCCCCAUCAACCCCCGCUGAGAAACUCUCAGUACAAUUUGAUUUGUGAUGCUUUCUUCAUGUCUGUCUUUAUUUUCGUUUGUAUUAUUUAUUGUGUUUUUGUUCGACCCAUUUAUCAAAAGUUUUGGGUAGAAAAAAAAAAAAGAAGAAAGACAAUGGGGUAGGAUUUUUAUGAAUGUCAAUGGUGGGUGUGGAAGGAGCCCAUGAUCGGUGACAAAUCUCUGUCCUGUGGUGCCGUUGUGGCCACAGAGACAUCUGGAUGUAUGUGUGACUCCCCAGCCCUGCGCUCUUCUCACGACCUGUACUGUAUGUCUUCUUCCUCAUACUGGGUUGUACUUCAGGAAAACGUCUGCCAUCAACCCCUCAAUAUGUGCCUCAAUGACAUUUCACCCGUGUGCUUGUGAGAGUGUCUGUUUCCGAGAGAUGUGUACGUGUUUGUGUCGACGGAUAGAGAUUACUAAAAUGUGACUGAUCAGAUUAGGAGGUGCAAAAUGUUUCGAGGAUGAAACUUCAAAGAGACAAAUCAUGAUGGGCGACUAGAUUCUCCUUCCCACCGUGUGUUGAUGACCUUUUGUGCCCUGAUUCUGUGGUCUUAACUGCAUGCCUGUGCUCAUUUUGUCAUACCAAAGCAACGUCUUCGGCAUCUGCACACUGUCUCAUUCCACACGAUGCAAAACUGGAACUGUUUGCUCUAUUGCAGAUGAAUAUGGGUAUUCUUAGACGUGUACAAAUUGCAAUCCUCAUUUAGCCUGUAUAGCUUGAUUCACACGUGCAAAUCAUGAAGCCAUAGAUAUGGGUAUAUCUAUAUUAUACUAUAUUUCAAAAUUGGCGCUUUUUACUUUAGAUUUUGUUCUUCUACUAAGAGUGAUGCGUGUAUACCUUCAUAUAUAUGAAUUUAUAUUACUAUUAUAUAUUAUUUAUUUUCUCUCAAGUUUCAGACGGUCUUUGAUUUGUAAAAGGUCACACUUGAAGCUUGAGGUUUGUUUAUUUUCAUUGGGAAUAUUGUUCAAUAUGAUACUGACUUUAUAUUGAUGAUUAUCAUAAACCUGUGUUUGUAACAAAAUGUGUUAAAUAAUCAAAAAAAUCCUGUCCUGUUUUUACACCUGUUUUGUUUUCGGGCAGAUUUAAGUGCUCUUGUGCAGAUAUUUUUUCGGUUGAUAGUACUGAUCACAAAACAUUUUUACAGCCAACCAUGAGCCUCCUGUUUUGAUGUUGGGGCGGGCCCACCGGCCGUCCAAGCCUCUUUCUAACUUCAUGUUUAGUGGAAGAAUUAGCUUGACUAUUAUUUGCAAAAACCAAUCAGUCUCAAUAAAUUUUGAAAUUGCUGCUGUAAAGAAGUGA